CCCUCUCCUCUUCAUAUUGGCUCGGCAGGCCUCACGCCGUCUCACGAAACUCACUCCUCGCACCGCCUUCCCCCCUCCCCCUUCCUCAACGCCUCCAGCGCAGCGCGGAAAGGAGAGACGCAACGUAACCGACCCCAUCAACACCGCCCAUGGCGCCGGCGCCGCCCUCGCCGUGCUCGGACCAUCCUUUGGACGACGACCUCCACGACCCAGCAGGCCCUGAGCAGAUGGGCACGAGGAAGGUGAGGCUGCCGGGCCGCUGGUGCCUGUGCAAGCUCGGCGACAUCUCCGGGGACGACGACGACCAGCCCGACGCUGCCAGCUGGGAGACGGAGGAGCCCAGCGGGGUAUUUCUGGACUGCGGAGACGACAAGGACGCAACGGACCAGGAGGAGGAAGACCACCGCGGCACCGACACGGAGGAGUGGGAGGAGGCGGAGGAGGAGGAAGACCACCACGACACUGACAUGGAGGAGUGGGAGGAGGAGGAGGAGGAAGACCAGCACGACACUGACAUAGAGGAGUAGGAGGAGGAUGACUUCCAGAUGGAGGCCCCCGCCGGGAGCGGCAAGCCGCCGUACAGGCUCCCUGCAAGGGUGUUCAAGAUGUUGUACGCCGACCAGCGUGAGGGGCUCAGCUGGCUCUGGUCUCUGCAUUGCAGGGAAACCGGUGGAAUCCUGGGGGACGACAUGGGACUUGGCAAGACGAUGCAGGAAGGGGGUAUCCUGUUGACAACGUAUGAUAUUGCCCGGAUCAACUAUAGGCUGAUAAUAGGAGACUUCUAUAAUGAUGCUGAUGACGAGGAAGAGGGGAAGAUUUGGAAUUAUGUUGUUCUUGACGAGGCACAUUUUAUCAAGAACCCCAAGACACAAAGAGCCCAAAGCCUAUUUGAAAUACCUUGUGUCCAUCGGAUUGCCAUCAGUGGAACGCCUAUACAAAAUAACUUGAAGGAAAUGUGGGCUCUGUUCUCUUUUUGUUGCCCGGAAGUCUUGGGUGAUAAGCAAGAGUUCAGAACAUUGUAUGAAUUGCCUAUCAAUCGAGGAAAUGACAAGACUGCUAGCAACCGAGCCAAGCAUGUAGGCUCAAAUGUAGCAAAGGAAUUAAGGGAACGUAUAAAGCCAUAUUUCUUGCGACGUAUGAAAAAUGAAGUGUCUCUUGAGACUGGUUUGACAGAUGAUAAACAGCUUCCGAAGAAGAAUGAGCUAAUUAUCUGGCUGAAAUUAACAGAUUGCCAGAGGCAACUAUAUAAAGCAUUUCUGAACUCUGAGCUAGUUCAUUUAGCAUCUCAAGGAAAUCCCUUGGCUGCUCUCAUGGUAUUGAAGAAAAUAUGUAAUCACCCACUCAUAUUGACCAAGAGAGCUGCUGAGGACAUCCUGGAAGGCAUGGACGGAAUGUCAAAUAAUCAGGAUAUGUUGAUGGCUGAAAAUAUGGUCAUGAACCUUGCAGAUAUGGCUCAUGCUGAUGAUGCACUGCAAGCAGAUCAAGAAGUCUCAUGCAAGUUAUCUUUUAUGUCCUUGUUGGUAAGCAUUCCAAAAUAUAUGUCAAGUUAUCUCUGAUGUAUAUUACUCCCUUCGUCCAAAAAUAACUGUCUAAACUUUAGUACAACUUAGUACUCCCUCCAUUCCACAAUGUAGUGCUUCCUCUAUCCUCGUGCUUCAACUUUGACCAUAAGUUUAACUACCAAGACCGAUUGCGCCGGGAGCAAAAAUUAUAUCAGUGAAUUCGUAUUCGAAAGAAGUUUUCAAUUAUAUAAUUUUUUCUCCAGCCGUAGUUGGUCUCGUUGGUUAAAUUUAUGGUCAAAGUUGGACCUCGGGAAGCGCGGGCUAAGAGACACUUGUGUGAUGAAAUGAGAGAGAGAGAGAGAGAGAGAGAGAGAGAGAGAGAAGUGUGAGCUCUGAAGAAGAGCUGCAGAGUAGACAGACCAUCAACGAGAGUCAAUGGGCACUUGUGUGAGCACAUGCUACCCCUGCUCGUCCUCCCCACCCACCGCCGGCGACGACCACCCAUUGUCCUCGUCCGGCGGCUCUCCGACUCCGGGCGCCACCACCGUGCAUCCGCUCCCGCUCGCUUCCGGUUCUCCCGCGCCCGCCGCUUCCUCCACAUCAACCUCCUCCUCCUCCUUCUCCUCGAUGUCGGCCGCAAGCUCAUCCAUCUCCAUGGCCAACACCACCACCACCACCUCCUCCUCCUCGGCUACCACUAGUUAUUCCUCGCCGUCGUUGUCGUCGGAGCCCCGCUUCUCGGCCGAGUUCCUCAAGGCGCGCGCUUGCAAGGACACAGACGUGGAGAUGGAGGUCGUGGUGCUCGACCCCAACAUCAGCAGCAAUGGAAAGAAGAGGAAGAAGCUCUCCCCUGCCUCCGCCGCUCCGCGUCCGUCCUCGCCAAGAACGCCUCCAGCUCUGUCCGUGGGCAAGUCACCAAGGAAGAACAAGCCUGGCAUUGGCAACAUCAACGGCCGCCGCGCAAGCAACAUGAUUUGGAUGAUGAAAAGCUGACGGUGAUCGUCGAGUCGUCGUCCACGGAAGCGACAUGCUGAAUUAUUGCUCAUUUUGGCUAUGUGCAUCCUAGUAUGCAAAGGCCGGGAUGAACUCUUGGCGGCCGCUAGCUCAUGACCAGCCAAAAUAGCUAAUAUAUUUGUUGAAUUUGAUUGCGAUUUUUUUUUUCUGUCGAACUCUAUUGCGGCAGUAAGUGGCUGCAUCCAACGUCUGUUGGUUAGGCUUCUAUUUUCUGUUAUGGAUGAAUGUAUGGAACACUAUGGAUGCUGGUUGAAUGUUGUUUCCAACAAAAUUAUCGAAGUGAUCGAAGA